UUCAAAGGUGGUCAGAUGAAUGUUUCUGCUUCCCUUGCAGCUUGCUAUGGGAUUGUCCAGGUUCCUACUGGACCGUGGUUCUGUCGGAAAUGUGAAUCUCAAGAGAGAGCCGCCAGGGUGAGAUGUGAGCUGUGUCCCCACAAAGAUGGAGCCCUGAAACGGACUGACAACGGAGGCUGGGCCCACGUUGUGUGUGCUCUGUACAUCCCCGAGGUGCAGUUUGCCAACGUGCUGACCAUGGAGCCCAUCGUCCUGCAGUACGUUCCGCACGACCGCUUCAACAAGACCUGCUACAUCUGUGAGGAGCAGGGCAGGGAGAGCAAGGCAGCUUCUGGAGCCUGCAUGGCGUGCAACCGGCACGGCUGUCGGCAAGCUUUCCAUGUCACCUGUGCCCAGAUGGCCGGCCUCUUGUGUGAGGAAGAAGUCCUGGAAGUUGACAAUGUCAAGUAUUGUGGCUACUGCAAGUACCACUUCAAUAAGAUGAAGACCUCACGGCACUCUGCAGGCAGCUCCUUCAUUGCUGGGAGGAGGAGCAGAUCCACGUCCCCCACCCAGGAGAAGCACGUGUCCCACCACGAAAGGCCAAAGAAGAGUCGUAAGGACAAAGAAAGACCCAAACAGAAGCACAAAAAACGUCCAGAAUCUCCCACCAGCCUUCCAACACCCACGGUGCCCAUCGCUGCAGAAAAGGGCUCCACCAGCCACCAUGAGGGGAGCAAAGAGACCUCAGAGGUCGGAAGAUCAGAGGUGAAAGGCAAGAAGUCCUCGAGUCAUGGCAGCAGCCACAAGGGGAAGAAGACGGGGAGCGGGAAGAACUCGGCUGGGUUCAGCUCUGCAUCUUCCAGCAGCACCUUCCAGCCUGCAGGCACCUCCUGCAGCUCCUUGCAAUGCUCCCAGGAUUUCAUGGCGUUCCCCAAGCUAGAGCAGGACGACGAGAAGUACCGCAAGCCCGUCUCCUCCUCUUCGUCUUCCCACUGCUCCCCGCUGUAUGAAGGCCAGAAGGGGGACAUCUUUGAGCAGAAGGUGAUCUUCUCAGGCUUCGGGUCCAUCAUGCGCUUUUCCACCUCUGCUGUGAGCCAGCCGAGGGGCCGCGAUGCUUCCCCUGUGGAUUACAAAGCCUCAAACCCCAUCGGUGGCCCUUCAGCAACAGGCAGCGCUGCCACAAGCAGCAGCCACAAGCGUAUGCCAUCCCUCAGCAUGGAAGAGGGAGAGGUGCUGAAGGAAAAGAAGCACAAAGGCAGCAAGAAAAACAAGCACGGGCCUGGCAGGCCAAAAGGGGGCAAAAGCAAAGAGAUGUUGGGUGCCCAGCUGGCUGGGUCCACGUCGACAUCCUCGUCACCAUUCUCUGGAGGUUCUCUCGUCAGCUCCAGCAUCAGCAACUCUUCACGGCCCUUCAGCCACACGGGGAACCUGCCCAGCCUCAGCUUGGAGUCCCCGCUGCUGAGUUCAGGGAUCUACACCAGUAACAAGGACCCUAUUUCCCACGGGGGUGGAGUGCUCCGGGCUGUUUGCAGCACACCCCUCUCCUCCAGCCUUCUGGCACACCAGGGCACCGCGUCCAUCCCGCCGCUCAACCGCUCUCCUUUUGCGAGCACCAUCCCCACCUCCUCCUCUUCCUCCGUCUCCACCACGCAGGUGUUCUCUCUGGCAGGUUCCACGUUCAGCCUCCCCUCCUCACAUAUUUUUGGAAGCCCCCUCACAUCUGGGCUGUCCAUCAACCCGCUCUUAAAUCAGUCGGAAAGCAGCCGGGCAGAGCCCGACCUGGAGGACUGCAGUUUCGGCUGCCGAGGGACUUCGCCCCAGGAGAGUCUCUCUUCCAUGUCCCCCAUCAGCAGCCUGCCGACCCUCUUUGACCAGACGGUGUCCUGCAGCAGCAGCGGGCAGCUGGAAAAUGUCCCCCAGGCCACCCCCAACAUCGAGCAGCUGCUGGAGAAGCAGGGCAAUGGGGAAGCUGGCGUUAACAUUGUAGAGAUGCUCAAAGCUCUGCACUCGCUGCAGAAGGAGAAUCAGCGGCUCCAGGAGCAGAUCAUGACGCUGACAGCCAAGAAGGAACGUUUGCAGCUCCUCAACGUCCAGCUCUCUGUCCCUUUCCCAGUGGUGACCAGCAGCAACGGGCCUGGCAGCCAAACCCAUUACAUCCUGCCCAGCAACGUGUGCAACAAUGAUUCCCUGAGCAUCAGCAAGAGCCCCCCCUGCAAGAACAGCUUUGGGAUUGAGAACUCGCUCUCCACUUCCUCUGAGGACCCUCAUUCAGGUUGCCCCAGCAGGAGCAGCUCUUCCCUGUCCUUCCACAGCACUCCUCCACCCCUGCCCAUGCUGCAGCAGAGUCCUGCCUCGCUACCCCUUCCCGGGGUGCAGCAGGUGAAUGGCCUGGCCAGGGUGGCAGGCAGCGGGCUGGGGGGUGGCACCACUGCCAGCCACAGCCUCUCCACGGUGCCCAUGGUGGACGGCCUGAUGGGGACCGUGGCAGGAGGUCAGCAGAUGCCCAUCAACGGGAUCCUGGGGAAUCUGAACGGAGCUCAGGCCGCCCAGCCUCCAAGCGCGCUGACGCAGGCGAGCGGCCCUCCGACCUUGCAGCUCUCCACCAGCCUGAGCAGCAUGCCGAGCCUGAGUCCCCUGACAGAGCAGCAGCGGCACGUCUUGCACCAACACGAGCAGCAGCUCCAGCAGCUCCAGCAGCUCCUGACUUCUCAACCGCUUAAUCCGGAGCAGCAGGCCCUGGUGUUCCAGAUGAUGCAGCAAAUCCAGCAGAAGAGGGAGCUGCAGCGGCUGCAGAUGACGAGCUCAUCCCAGCUAUCCAUGAGCAGCCUCCUGGCAGCCACCUCCACCCCCCUCCUGCACUCCAGCACCAGCGCCCCGAUGACCUCGGCCCCCCAGCAGCCCCCCAACAGCAGCUCCCUCAUGGCCUCCCUCUCCCCCCAGCAGCUCAACCCUAGCAAUGCCCUCCUGGCUCCACCACAGGCCACCCCACCGCUCAGCGCUCCUGGGAGCAGCCUCAUGGCUUCGGGGACAGGCAUCCCUCCCGUCCUCACAGCACAGACUAACCCGUUUCUCAACCUGCAGGCUGAUGGCAACACCCCAAAAGGAACGAACAUGAAUGAAAAGGGAGCUCCUCUUACCCAAGACAAGGGCUAAGCUCCCUCUCACCCUGAACAAACCAGCAGCCAACUCCUCUCAGCAAGGGGGAAUGUGGCUUUCCACAGUCAGCAGCUUUGGUACUGUUAGAGCAAUGAGCACAAGGCUUCCGAGAAGCAUUUCCUGCUGCUGGGCAAUGCCAAGAGGUGCUUUGGAAGACAGUCCGUCUCCGACCAAGCCCUGCUAUCGGGAGGAGCAAAGGUGGGGGGCAGCUUUGCCGCGCUGCUCCGUGCCCCACGUGCUCAGAGUGAAGCCGUGUUUCCAGACAGAGUAGAGGAGAGUUAACACCGCGUGCCACCAACUGCUGUGAGCACAGGAGCGUGCUGUGUGUGUGCACUGAGAGCACGGAGCAAUCCUCAGCCGAGAGCUUGGUGGAGGGGGGGGGCACCCCCUGCUGAGGACACUGGUGUGCAGUGCAGGGGGACGUGGAGGUGCCCUCGGAGGCAGCGCUGGAUGGGACCCACCUGGGGAUGCUGUGGUGGUACCUACGUGGUCUGCUCCUUCCCGCUGGGGAGGUGAAGAAGUUCCACAGCUGUGAUUUCUCGCCUGCUGGGCCCUUGGGAUGCUCUUGGGAGCCGUCACACGAUGCCCUUUACACCUCAGCUGGAUGCAGCCCCAGCCUGAAGGACACGGGUGGUGGAGCGAUGGGUGAGGAGUGGUGUUUGGAGAGCUGCAAGCUGCUGCUGCUGUAAAGGACGCGGCCACGCAGCUGCUGGUGGGUCAGUGCUGUGCUUGGGGCAUGAAAAGCACAUUCCUGCUCCUCGUGCUGCCUCUCUUUCCUUCUAAGAUGUCCAAAGCCCAACGUUCAGCUUGCAGAAAGGGGCUGUGGUCGGUGUUGCCCCAUCUCAGCCAUCUCCUGAAGGCGCGUUGAAUCUGGCUCUUACAUCCCAAGCCUCAGCUGGGCAACAGAACCGUGCGUGCAUGGAAAAGACAGCCCCAGUCAUGGUGCAUCCUUUCCCCACCACAAAUCGUUCCAGUCUGGCAAAAAAAACCAACCAACCAACCAAACCAACAGAAAACCAACCCCAAGGAACGGCGUUCUUCCAUGUGUCUUAGGCACUGAGAGAGGGGAUCUCCAAGCAGCAGGGCGUCAUUGAGCUCCACGUUGGGGCAUUGGAGCCUUUGUUCUCUUCCACCUUUUGACCUUAACUCCGUCUCACAGUCCAGAACCUCAGCGAGGAGCUUCUGCUUCUGAGCCCGGAUGUCACAGAUGGACGGCAGGGCAGGUGGGGCUGCUCUGAAGGUGGGGAGCAUUACGUCAAAUGUAGACGUGCUCCUCCUUUUCCUCUUCCCAGUUCUCCUGGGGGGGGAGGGAGGGGGGGGGCAGGGGUAAAAACUCCAUCAAACAGAAGCUCCGAGGGUCUUAAAAUGCAACACGUGGGCAGACCUGAAUCUUUUUCAGCACAUUCCCACUGCCCCUAACUGGUUUGCACUAUUCGAAUUUGUCAGCAGUGGGUCUGUGCUGAUGGGAAUAGAAGGCUGGUGGUGGGCAGAUCUCAUCCGUGGUGUCUUUCUUCUUCUUUUUUUUCUUCUUUUUUUGGUUUGGUUUGUUGCUUGCUGUUUGGGAAAUGAUCGCCCCGAGGGUUGGAUAAAGCUAAAGACCAGAGGGAAAAGCUCCAUUCUGAUCUGCCGUUCUGUGAACUGGGCAGCACGCAGCCGUCUGCUCGGAAAUACGUUGUACACCGUUUGGAUUCCAAUUCUUUAAAUGCAGAAAAGCUGACGUUUUAACAAGGUUAGGAAGCAAUCUGAAGGAUGGGGAUGGCAGCUAACAAGGAAAAAUCGAACCCGAGGACAAAAAAGCUCCCCCUCCUCGUGGUCCCUGCAGCGCAGCCCCAGCUCCGAGCACCUCCUCCCCGUUGCAUCCAUUGGGGCUGGGGAUCCGCCAGCAGCUCUGAGCUCUGCCUGCUGCUGCUGUGCUCACCUGGGGCUCUGAUUCAAUUCUGACGAUGCUUCUUUUUCUUUUUCUUUUUUGUUUUUGUUUUUUUUUUUCACUGGGAGGCCCCUAUGGGGAGGUGCCACCUGCUGAACCGCUUCCCCGGGCGCAUGCAGGCUGCUGCAGAGCGGAGCCACGUCCCAGCUCUGCGGGGAAAGACCCGGGAGCAGAAGGGGAGCAGGGAAGGAAAGAGCUCGGUGGGUUCCAACGGCGUGGCUCUGAUCAGUAAAUCAAAGCCCUGCUUGGAUCCGUGGCUCAGCACCCCGACGCUGAGCGCCAGCGGGAAGCCGUGGGGGUCAGGAGAGGCUCGUAGGGCAGGUGAGAGCCCCGCAGAUAAAGCACUUACACAUUCCUCGGGGCUCUUGCUGAGGUGCCAGCCCCUCUCAAGGCCCCUCCUGCACCCUGAGGUCCCUCUGGGCAACGAGGGGGGGGUGAGCAGCGAGCACCCGUAUGGCUGUGAAGAGAGGAAGAGGAGGAGGAAGGAAAAGAAAAGCUAAAGAUGAGCUGUGUUUCAGUUGCACUGGGGUACGUUUCUUUACCCAUUUUGAUGCUAAUGUCUCAUUUAGUACGUUGCAUGUGUCUUUCUUUUGUUUUGUUCUGUUUCGGUUUUGUUUUUUUUUUUUUUUUAAUUAAAUAAAAGAGGAAAAAUGUGUAUAUUUUUGGCAAUUUAAGGUAAUGUAGCUAAGAUAUAUUUUUUUCACGCUGCUUGACUGUUCUUUAUUAUAAUAAAUAAUAUUAAUAUGAA